CGGCCAUUGAGGCUAACACUGAGCAAAGGUGUACGAGGAGAGCGAAGUCUCGGUUCCCUCUGUGCUUCUGCGUGUGCUGCGGCGCUCCAAAAAUCCAAGACACCAUGGCUUGUUGGUGAAAUUAACUGGAUUUUUCAUCUUAACUUUUCUUCUAAUCUUCGUUGGAUCAUUUGUUUAGUAGUGAUUCGUCUUAUUACAACGAGAAAGAAGAGUAAGAGAGAGGAAGAGAGGCGCCCUCGAAGAAGUUUGUGUGUGCCCCGACAACUUGGUGUAUGUGUGAUGCGUUUCAAAUUGUGAAAAAAACGAAUGUUACAGCCAUGAUGCUCAUCGACGAGGAAAACAAUCCGUUCGAUUGAGUGAAAUAGGUGUAUUAUUGCACAGUUCAACAUCAGCCACAUACACACGACGUUGUGUGUGUAUAUGUGUGUGUUCAGUGCGUGUGUGAGCGAGCGUAAACCUCCCUCCCACUCUUCCCACCAUACACACAAAUGGCCCAUCCAAAUUUGCAAACCAAUGGAGCUAGCUUAGAAGAUUGCCACACUAACUUCUUUGCCCUGACGGAUCUGUGUGGCAUCCGAUGGCGGAAGUUAACUUCAGAAGGAUACAGCCCUCAACCUGGUGGUGGGGGAGUGUACGGUGGGCAGCAGGGCAACCUCCACCAACAAAUGCGUGGGAUGGCUGGAGGAACCCAGCAGCCUUGGGAUUACCUCAACGAUCCUGUUCUGUUGUCUUACUGGCGAUGCCUUUCCAAUGACAUCCUUUGUGUUUGGAGGAGGAUUCCUUCUUCAUCAUCAGCACCUAGCCCCGGUGGUUCAUCUGCAUUCCCACCAUCGUUUCCCAGUGGCUUUCCCAAUCCCACCACACAACAGGGUUCAAAUGGCUUGAGCACUCUGAGCGGGGCUAAAGAGUUGUGGAUAUUUUGGUAUGGUGAUACAUCUCCAGACCUCAGUAACCUUGUUGUGCCAGAGAUCCUUAAUAUGGAAGGUGAACAUGGAUCUUGGGAGAAUGGUCUCUCGUAUGAAUGCAGAUCAUUGCUCUUCAAAGCUCUUCACAAUCUCAUUGAAAGGUGUUUGCUGUCGAGAGAUUUUGUUCGCCUGGGCAAAUGGUUUGUCCAGCCUCAAGAAGGACUGGAUCCUGUCUGCAUGCAACAGCAGCAGCAGCAGCACCAACAACAGGAUUCCACCAACUCCUCUACCACCAUUCCAGCCAGGAACGGUCACUUGUCGUUUUCAUUUUCUUUUUUCGUUCAUGGAGAAUCUACUGUUUGCGCUAGCAUUGAUGUUCGCCAACAUCCAGUCGUACGCAAGAUCACCCACAGGCAUUUAGCCGCCGCACAGGCCACUAGCGGUGGAGUCCAUGUUAUGUUGGCUCCUUACGGCCUAGCAGGCGUAUUGACUGGCGUUUCCUACCGGUCAUCAACGGAUCACGCCACCCGCAAGCUAAUGGAAGAGUGGCGCCAAUAUUAUCCUGUAGAAUGUGGUAGCAAUAACAACCCAACAGCAACCGGAGCAGGGGCAGGCCAGCAGCAGCGAGGUCCUGGUCCCGGCGGUGGUCAGGGAGGUCUAGAAUCGGCCUCGGAGACCGAAGAUAUGGUGGAAGUCAUCGUCGGCAAUGUCCGUAUGCGCUAUCCAACUUGCUACGUUAUGGUCUGUGACGCGGACAGCGCAGCCAAUUCGGCUGCAUUCAAUCAGCUGGCAACUUCCGAAGGAGGAAUGUUGAUGACACCUCCAGCGUCUCCGCCUCUGGUUUCGAAUCCGGCGAGUAUAUCUCGCAGUAUUAGCCAUUCCUCCGCAGUGUCUAGCACAUUGUCGAACGCUUCUGCUCACCAUUCGACGCAGCAGCAACUUAUUUCCACCGUGCCCAGUUGCACAGCCGAUGCACUAAAUAAGAUUGCACAAGCGGCUCAUUCCUGGAGACCUGAAGAAGCUAGACGGUUGGCUGAGCAAGCAUGGCAAGACACACUCCUCGCACCUGUAGGGCUGCUUCCACAGCCGAAAUCCACGUCGGUCGAUCCAACCGCUGUCGUGUUGUCAUCCUCACCAGCGACAACGAUAGCCACACCUACGAAUGAGAAAGAUUCCACGGCGAACAUUUGGGAUUUCCUGGAUCCUACCAUCAAGAACAGCUGCAUUUGUGUCAAGUCGAGACGGAAUAAAACUGGAAGCAACAGCCAGGGCAACAGCGUCAGCACCAAUUCCAACGCCAAGAUGGCUACAACUGCUACAAUGAUAUCUUCUUCUUCCUCCUCCUCCUCCUCUUCUGUCCCGUCCUCUUCUUCUUCCUCCUCUUCUUCUUCCGGCAAGAGAGGCGGCGGGGUGCCAUUUCACCACCGCCCGUCCUGCCCAGCGCCAGCUCGGGCCCACACUGCGGUCGCCGGUGUUGGGCAAAAGCUGUUGCCGGACAAUAACGCCACUGCUGCUCUGACGCCCGGCGGAUUAGGGUCGGUUGAUGGCGUGCAAGAUAGGGUCAACAGAGCGGGAAUGACAAACACAACGAGUACCAGUGGCGCCACCACACCGGCACCAGCCCCAGCGCUACCGACAUACCAGAGGAGUCAGGCAGCUCUACGUGGGCCAUUGAGCCAACAAAGUCAGCAGCAGCAGCAUUCCAAUCAUGGCAUGAAUUCUAGUGGGAACAACAAUAGCGUUGGACCUUUCACGCUAGCCUCACCGGCUUCGGUUGCCCCACCAACGCCCCACUCUCACGCCCCGCCCAGCGUCCCUCCCAUGGAUUCGUCUCUUACGUUGUCGAGUCCUCAUCCGCCAGCAUCGAAUGAUCCUUCGUCCAACUUUAUCCCUUCGACGCCGUCGGCCAUCGACCACAAUUCAACGUCCCAGGAUCAGAAUUGCAGUCGAGCCACUCCUGGCGGAGCAGCGCAUACCCCAGGGGGUGGACCGAAAUCGAAUCAAGCUUCUUCCGCCUAUUCGCCUUACGUUGCCCUGCCGAGCGUUGAUACGCCGGGCUGGCCGCAUUCAGCCGGCGGAGGAGGCGGCUCUUGCCAUGCCACUCAGCCGCGCAGCAGUGGCGGACAGCAACCUGCCAGCUGUGGACCUCCCACGUCGAUGGCCCCAACGACGCCAAAUGUUGGCGGAGGAGCCAACGGAGGUGGCAGCACUUGCUCCACGGCCGAUCUCUUUGGCAUUAAAAAGAUAGUACUUCCUCAAAAAGAUUACGAAGAUGAACUGAAAGAGGGAGAAACUGCUCCCGGCUUGCUCUACGAUUAUAGUAGCAUGACGGCCUGGUUGUUUCAUCCAGUGAAGCGAAUGAAAUUGGGCAAAAACUCCCAGACGCCGAAUGGGGAUCGCCCUGCGGAUUCCUUUGACGGAUCAGCUUCUAGUGGGAAGCACAUGAACGGCAAUUUAAUGCUUGAUAUGGAAGUCAGAGAUUCAGCCGAUUAUGACGAAGAUGGAGGCCAUAACGGCCAAUCUCGUAAAAGGAAGGAACCCGACUCGUGCAGGGAUGAGGAUAGCAAUUCACUGAACUCGGCCAAUGCAGCAGGUGGAGCAGCAAAACCAGUGAAUCCGAGCUCGCUGUUCACCAGCGAAGGGCUUCAGGCUUCCUAUCAAGACUUGGACAAGAUAUUUGACAAUUCAGACGAGUCAAACGACACGUGCCCCGUGCCUACUCCACCCGGAUCGAACAAACCAGCCGGCCUCCCCGAAGAUACGGCGCUUAUGGGACACGGCCAUCACAAACCUCCGCGUGGGGGCAUCGCUGCAGCACAUCCCUCACCGGGAACGACGAUGUUAGGCGGACACCAUUUGACAGCCGGCGGGGUCAAUAUUUUGGCCUCGGCCGAAUUCUCCAACAUGUUCCCCACGCCGCCUUCUCACGAACAUCCCAUGCAGUCACCGUGUGGCCAAAUGGAAGGAUCUGUCGAUCUGAUGAACAUUGACAUGAACAAUUCCGGACACAAUGGCAUCAAGAGCGAGCCAGGUUCCGGUAAUUCGCUUAAUGGUUGCAGCCCCACAUAUCUACAAGAAGACAGUGUCAACAAAGAUUGGUCUUAUGUUUACCGACCGCCAACUGUCUGGAAAGUUGCCAACUCCUCCAAGUAUGCGCCAUUGCCGAUGUUGCCCAGCCAGACAAUGAGCCCUCUGUUCCUACCAGCGCCUUACCGGCCUUCGGUUAAUAGCAACAGCUCGGCGAAUCACUCGUCGGGAAUUGUUGACAUGCCCCGAGGCCCCAUGAUGCAUCAACACGCAUCGAUUCGACCGUUCCAGCGACUUCCGCCGAUGAUUCCUCCAAUGCAGCAACACUUCCCGCGAGGUGGCGGUCCUGCUCCCUUCAGUCCCAUCUCACCGUCUCCUUACGGAGGACUGGAUGGUAUCCCGCCAUCUUUCGGUGGUAUGUCCGGGCAUGGACCACUUCAACGUCCAGCAAUGAAUAUGGGCGGCUUCCCUCCGCACGGUACACUUAAGCAGCUGUUGCAACACCAACAAGGGCAAAUUCAGUCUCCUGGGUUCCUUCAACAUCCGCCCGGAUUCCCGCACCACCACCCUCCACAGCAGCAGCUCCAAUUGCAAAUUCAGCAGCAGCAGCAACAGCAGCAUCAGCAUCAACCGCAGCAGGUCAACAACGUCAACAAUCACUCCAACUUGCCGGAAUGCCAUUCCCUAAUGGUGAACAUUGUCCUUGGCGAUUCCAUGUUGAACAUCUUCCGCGAUCACAACUUCGACAGCUGUACGGUGUGCGUCUGCAGCGACGGCCAAAAUUGGGUCGGCACCAUCCGCGGCCAAGAUGCCGUUUUUUACCUUCCAGAAUCGUCUAAUCCGCGUUCGUCAUCGAGGGCGCUUACGAACUCGUCGCACUACCCGGGAAUGGGUCACGGUGGUGGUCCAGGCUCAUCGCUGGGACUACCUCCUCCGCCACCAAACAAUCACGAGGAGGAAAGCUGUCGAUGUAAUUGCGGUUUCAGCGCGAUCGUGAACCGGCAUCUUGCCCAUCAAGCUGGCCUCUUUUAUGAAGACGAACUGGAGAUUGUAGGCGUCCAGGCGACGCAGGAUCCUGGCCAGUUCAAACGCGGCUCUCUGUACGCAGUUUGCCAUUCGACGGACAAACAGGAGCAGCAGAUGUUGACGCGAUCUCGGAUGCUGGAGUGCGGUCCCGGAGUCUCCCUCUACGGGUCAGACAACAACAGCAAAGCGCUGGGUGGCAAAGGUUGCGAAAAGGAAGCUGUGGACAAGGGCGACAUCAUCAGCCAGUCUAUUGCUGCCGUUGUGAUGGAAGCCUCGGCUCCGUUGGUCGACACGCUGCCCGUGGCUUUGAUGGAGUUGCUGCGGGAACAGUGCUUGCUGCUCCACCAUUCGAGCAGCCCCCUCUACCGAGCAGAACAGUUGCAAGCAGCCACGAGGAAGGCCUCCCUUUUGCACGCCCUCGAUUACUCUGACGGAUGCGAAACGGCCCGCAAUGCCUUGACGUUAGCCUUAUACAACAAUUCUCCGAUGCCUAUGGCUUCUCCUGUACAUCAGCAACAAGCUCCACCUCCACCCUAUCAACAGCCUCAGCAGCAGCAACAACAGCAACAGCAUUGGAAUAACGGACCGCAAACGCCCAAUCCGUACGGCGGCAUGCCGUUCAAUCAAGGGAUGGGCGGAUUUCAAGCUGGCGGUCCUGUUGGUGCCGGUGGACCAGGAUACCAAGGUCCCAGUCCUGGAAACAUGCAUCAUCCGAUGAGCCCGUCUUUGCACAGUCCAACGAUGCCCGUCCGAGGUCGACCGUCUACCCCGGCCUCUGCUGUUGUUGGUGGCAUGCCGUUGCCCAUGACGAGUCCAGUCGGCAUGGCCAUGCAACAACGACAGCCACAUCCAUCCCACGGCAUAAUGGCGCAUUCGACACCUUAUUCUUCAUCGCCGUCUGCCGGAACCAAUGGACCUAUUGUUCAUUAUUGGCCGUUUUUGCACGUCCAGGGACCUAAUUCCAGUCAGGAUGUUAUUCGCGUCAUGAGGACGUUGCAGCCGCUUUUACAGGACAGCAUUCAAAAGAAACGGGCGGCUGCAGCUACACUGUGGAGGGCGCCCUUCGCCGUUCAGGGUCCAUUAACUUGGCGCCAAUUCCACAGGAUGGCCGUUCGGGGCACGGAGGACAGAUGCGAACCUCAGCCCAUUCCGUCGGUCAUGGCCGGCUUCGAUCGUGAUUGGGUCGCCAUCGCCCCGCUGGCUAUCCCACACUGGGACAGACUUUUGCUGGAACCUUACAGUCGUCAGAGGGACGUUGCCUACAUCGUUCUCGCCCCGGAAGUGGAUUACGUUCUGUCGAGGACAAAGGCGUUUUUCAAAGAGCUCUCUUCCACUUACGAAAUGUGUCGCUUUGGCCGCCACGUGCCCUACAAGGGUCUUCGAGACGGUAUCCUUCGCGUGGGCAAGAGCGCCGCCGCCAAGCUAGCCAACGAAGGCCAUCCGGUCGAUGAGUGGUUCAGCAACAUCGGAGACUCGCCCAUCGCUUCUCUCCUCCGCCUCUACGCCAAAGUCUGUCGCUACCAUCUAGCACCAACGCUCAUCAAUAUGCCCAUGGAUCGAACCCUCCUAGACCCGCCAGCGCCGCCGACGUCUUCUCGACCCAUGCAAGCCGUCCCUUCGCCCAUGGCGCCACCGUCUACGACUCCCAUUCAUUCAGGGGAUUACAGUGGUUCGAUCAAUCAGAGCGGCAUGGGUCCGCCGAAUUCCGGAGGGUCGAACUCCCUUCAGGGUUCCUCGUCCACUUUUGGGGUCCAUCACUCAUCCGCGCCAUCGUCUGCAAUGGCAUCUGUGGACGGGAAACCAACGUCUCCGAAAACGGAAGACGGGGCGGAUGGUACGUCGGGUCACGGCGCCUCUGGUGCAAACGAUGCGUCGGCCGCAGUCGAUGACGAAGACAUGGAACCGCCUUCAGUGGUCAUUUACAUCGUCGAUCCCUUUAGUUUCGGCUCGGACAAUCUGGACCUCGGCCGCCUGACGGCCUUGGGUUUGUUGCGCUGCUAUCACCAGAUGUUGUCGCUGCUGUCGGAGACGAUCCAGCUCAAUGUGUCGUUGCAAUUAAUCUCGGCCGAUGCAAUCCUACAACUCGGCAAGGAUUUGAACGGCGCCUCUCGUUACGACUCGCUCCGAUCUUUGGCCCUCAACGUCUUUUCUCAGUGCAAGAAAUUAAUCUCCCAACCGUCGAAUGUCAAGUCGCUGACGGGUUUCGGGCCGGCUGCCGCAUCCGACACGUUCCUCAAAGCCAAAGACGAAAAGAAUCGGGCUCCCUAUCGGGUCUACAUACCCGCCUAUGUCUUGGCACCUACCAAAGACAGGACCGUCUGCGAUUUGGACCCAGGCGUGUCGACCAACGGAGGACCCGGAAGCGGGCCGCUUUCCUUUUUGGCCCGACCCGACAAGUAUUCCGUCCUCUACGUCAGCUAUUGCUUGUCGGAAGAUCAGCGCUGGCUGAUUGCCGCCUGUACGGAUGAGCGCGGCGAGCUGGUCGACAGCUGCACCAUCGGCAUCGAUGUACCGAACAGAACGAAGCGGAAACGAGUGUCGGUGCGUCGCUUCGGUCUUCAGAGGCUGAUGGAUUUCAUUCUCGGUGUCAUUUCGACUGGAGUCCAUCCGUGGAGGCUCGUCAUUGGCCGCGUCGGUCGCAUGGGACACGGCGAAUUGAAAAGUUGGAGUGCUUUGCUGAGUCGCAAGAAUCUGUUGAGGGCAUCGCGACAUCUUGCGGAUAUUUGUGGCCAAUGCUCGCUCGUCUUCCCGUCGCAAGCGCCCACGUUGGUUUCGGCUUGUUUGGUUUCUCUGGAGCCGGAUUCUCACUUCCGCAUGAUGCCGGAUCAAGUGACACCUGACGAACGUUUUGGUCAACAGUCGGCCAACAGUCACUUGUCCACACCCGAAGAUGCUUCUUGUACUCAUAUCCUUGUUUUCCCUACAUCGGCAACCACCCGAUCUCCGCAAACGACGUUCCAUGAAGAGAAUAUCAACGGUCCCGACUUGGGUGACGAUGAUCUUCUUUCGGCCUUGAAUGACGACAUGGGCGAUGGUUUCGAAGGGAUGAGCGGCUUUGACGACAUUUUCAUGACGUGGCCCGAAACGGACCAAGUGAAUGACGGCACAGAUGAUUUGACAUCUGACAUCACGGGCGGCAACAGUGGCGGAAUGAACAACAUGGGCGGGUGUGGAGCGUCCCGAUCACCAGGAGCUUCCCAUGGUGGUGUGGGGGGAGGCUCUCCAGGCCGUGGUGGUAUGCGUUCCAACAUGAACCCCGAAUCGCCAUCGGGCAUGGGCGGCCAUCACGCCGGUGGUUCGGGACGUCAGAGUCCGCGAGCGGAACAAGAAGAAGUCGGCACGUUACUCCAACAGCCACUGGCACUCGGCUACUACGUGUCGACCGCGCCCACGGGAGACAUGCCGUCAUGGUUUUGGUCGUCCUGCCCGCAUUUGGCACGGGCAUGUCCGGCUUUCCUCAAGUGCGCCCUUCAUUUACACAACCACGCGGUGCAGCAAAGCUCCGACGACCUCCUUCUUCAGCAGCAGCAACAGCAAGUCAACAACUCCUCCAAGGUGCAUCCACUGGAUUCGCAAGUCACGACGGAUGUGCUCAGGUAUGUCAUGGAAGGUUACAACGCCCUUUCGUGGCUGUCGCUCGACCCCAAGUCACGUGAUCGCCGCUCUUGCCUCCCCAUUCACAUCCAGCUCUUGGUGCAGCUCUACCACGCGUUGGCUGCUUUAGUCUGAAUCAAGAACGCCCCUCAGCCUCUCUCUCUCGUUGCAAACGAUGCGAAAUGCGAUCAGAAUUUCUUUACUUGACAAAAACAGAAGAAAUGAUUUCGAUAUUAUUAUUUAAACAAAUGUGCCCUGUGCUAGAACGAUGCACUGCGCAAUAUCCAACUCGCCUCAUCUCGCCACACACACACACACAUACAAACCAUUCACCAUCCAUCAUGACAUGAAAACAAAGAAUACUAUAAUAACAUUACAUUUUGUUGGUUCGUUCGAUUGUUGGGUCUUUCUUGUUCCCAUCUCAUGUUCGUUGACGAUUUUUCUAGUGCAAAAAGUAAACAAACAAAAAUACCAACAAAUAACAAAACAAAAGAAAUGACGAAAAAAGAAAAAAAAGCAAUGCGAUGGAUUUAUUAACAUCGGGGUAUAUAUAUAUAUUUAAAUUUUGUUCCUUU